AUGUGCGAAAAUGUGGAGGAUUUGGUGAAAUUGGUGGCGAAAUUGGAGGAUGGUGAGAUUUUUGAAGGUUUUGAGCGGGAUUUUCAGAUUCCCCGUGGAAUUCUAGCCCGGAAAAGUAUAUAAACAAAAAAAUGUUCAAUAGCGGGAUCGAACCCGCCACCUGUAGAUUGCUAAAUUGAUCUCUAACCAGCUGAGCUAUAGGUUAGAAGUUGCGGGUUCGACCCCUGGCGCCUGCAACGUAGUUUUUAUAUUUUGUCAAUUUUGAAACUACUUUUCCGGGGUAGAAUUUUGAAUGGAAUCUGAAAAUCCACAUGGCAAAGACUGAAAAUCGAAGAUUCUCCUGGAAAUUUUGAACAAAAACACUUCUCGUGUUGAUUUUCGAAUUCUCCAUGAAAUUCUACCCCGGAAAAGUAUGAAAACAAAAAAAUGUUCACUAGCGGGAUCGAACCCGGCACCUGUAGAUUGCUAAAUUGAUCUCUAACCACCUGAGCCAUUUUUUCUCCGCGUCAAAGGCGGCGGGUUCGAUUCCUCGCGCUUGUUAAACAUUUCCAAUUUUUGAAAACACUUUUCCGCACACACACCUAGGCUACGUAUACCUUAGGUAUACGUUAGGGAUACUUUAUCCAUAACGUAUACUUAUUUUUGUCCAUAACGUAUACGUGUUUUCAACGGAUACAAAACGUGUAAAAUUUCAUGGAAGAUUUUGACUGUUUUUUUGGACUAAAUCUGUCCCUUGUGGGCUUGGGAGUUAGUUUAACAACUUUUCGCGAGGUUUCGAGACCAUUUCGAAUAAAUUUAUGGUGAAAGUUGAAAUUUUGGAAAAGUGGACGUAACGUGUAUAUUUUUCAUCCGUAAAGUAGACUUGGCAAAAAUUGAUAAAUCAUUGGAGGUUUUUCGAAAAACUUAAUUUUCGUUGUUUUCUCAAUGUUUGUGAUGUCAAAGAAUGAAUCAAAAACUCAAUUCGAUAAUCGGAAAGACUUUUUGAAAAGUACACGUAACGGAGAUGUAUUAUUUCCACAACGUACACUUUUUCAUCUCCAUAAAGUAUACGUUAAGUACAUUUUUUGUAACCUAUAAAAAAUACAUUUUCAUUUUUAUAAAUUUUCCAUCCUACGUCUUAAAGAUAAGCUAUGUCAUGAUUUCAGUACUUAUUCUUCACUAGUAAAUUGUUUUUAUACAAUUUUGGCCAUUUUUGUCUUCAUUUUCCACUCAAAAAGAAAAAUUCGCUCGACAUUAGGUCUAAGUUUCAUUCCUGGACUGAUAUCCCAUCUAUUUUCAGUCAUUUUCAUAUUUUAUCACGUUUUUAUUUGCAAAUAAAACUCAAAAAUUGCAAGAAAAACGCGAAAUACAGAAAAAAAAAGAUAAGCCCCGCCCACUUCCCACGGAAAACAUAGCGCAGCGCGCAGCAUGCGAGGUGUCGGUCGCUUGAAUUAUAUAAGUAGACAGAGCGCUUCCAUUUCCCAAAGCGUGUUUCGCUAAAAAACGCCGGGGAAUGGAAGUUUUUUUGAAGCAAUAUUGAAUUGCAGUCAAUUUUGAACUUAUCUAUAAUUGAAAUAGAUUCACAUUAUCAAUCUUAAAAAUAAAUUCUGAAAUUUCAAAAGUACACUUUUUAUGUCCGUAAUUUUAUCCGUUACGUACACGUGAGAGUCUCCAUAUGGACAUCUCAGGUGUACUUAACGUACAAGUGUGCGAGAAUCAAAAAGUGUACGUUAUGGAGACUUUACGUAUACGUACCCGAGGUGUGUGUGCAGGUUCGGUUCCUCGCACCUGCAAAGUUUUUUAUAUGUCUCCAGGGUAGAAUUUCAUGAGGAUUCUGAAAAUCCACAUGGCAAGUGCUGAAAAAUGCCGGGAAAUUAGAAAUUUUGAAAUUUUCAAAAAUCAAUAUUUUUCCCAUCUUUUUUUCUCAACUCAAAAAAAAAUAAUUUUUUUUUUCAAUUGAAAAAAGUUUGGGUAAAUAGUGCGUACCAGUUGGGUGAUUUGUUUGUUUGUUCCGGGAAAAAUACGAACUUUUUUUUUUGAAGAAGAGGAAAAGUUCAAAGGGGUAAAAACAGGGAAAAAAUUCAAGAAAAUCGAAUUUUUUCUCACAAUUUCAACACAAAAUCCCCACUUUCAGACCAAAUUUCACAACUUCGUCAAACCAUUCAACUCGAUUACAAAUCCACAGCCGCAAAUUUCGAUGAGAAUAAUUUUGCCGCCGAAAAUCGCCAGGUUCGAGCACGUGGUUUACCGUGGCAAGCCUCUGAUCAACACGUCGCACAAUUUUUCGCCGGUUUGGAUAUUUCACCGUGAGUUGGGAGCUUGUUUUUGGCGAAUUUUCACUCAAAACUCGAUUUUCAGCCAUUGCCACGUGGAUUUUCAGAUUCCUCAUGAAAUUCUAUCCCGGAAAAGUAUAAUAAACAAAAAAUGUUCACAAGCGGGAUCGAACCCGCCACCUCUAGAUUGAUAAAUUGACCUCUAACCAGCUGAGCCAGAUUUCCACCAGGUGGAAGGUCGCGGGUUCGAUUUCUCGCGCCUGCGAAGUUUUUUUUCAAUUUUGAAAAUAGUUUUCCCGGGUAGAAUUUUACGGGGAAUCUGAAAAUACUUGUGACAAAGGCUGAAAAUUCCUGGUUUUAAUGAAAAUCUAUGUUUCCGGCUCAAAAUUUCAUGUAGAUCUCAAAAAUCCGAUUUUCAGAGGUGGAAUUGCGCUUUGUUUGUCAUCAGAAGGUCGAAGAAACGGAGAAGUUGUGGUGAAUUUUGAAAAUGAGAUGUCACGGGAUUUGGCGCUGAAAAGACAUCGAAAUUUUCUGCUUUCAAGAUAUAUUGAAGUCUACAAAGCCACGUUGGAUGAAUUUUUGCAAGUUGCCUCAGGUUUGUGUGAAAAUUUGGGGAAAUUUGGACAUCUGGGAGGGAAAUUUUGAAAAUUUUAAGUUUCCCGCUAUUUUUUUUUUCAAAUUUCAUACAAAUUUAUUUUACCCAAAAAAUUUUGUCACAAAUUUUGGGAUUAUCGGGGAUUUACCCACCCACCGCAAAAUUUUUUAUCGAUUUUUAUUUUGAGUUUUUUUCCUGAUCGUGAUCUACUGUAGUUUGUUUUUUUUUUUGAAAAAAAAUGUUCUAAAUUUUUCCUGCAAACUAAAAAAAACAAGAAGAAACAUUCAAUUUUAUGUGCGUUUUUCAAGGUUUCCAUGGUUCCUUUUUUUUUCUUUUUGAGAAAAAUUAGUUUUUUUCCCGAUUUACAUGACUUUUCAAGUAUUUAGCUCCAAAAAUGUAUACUUUUUACAAGUUUUCAUUGAGAACUCGAAAAUCCGACGUUGCCACAUGGAUUUUCAGAUUCCUCGUGAAAUUCUAGCCCGGGAAAAUAUAAAAAACAAAAAAUGUUCACUAGCGGGAUUGAACCCGUUAGCUCUAGAUUGGCAAAUUCAGCUCUAACCAGCUGAGCUAGAUUUUCUUCAGGUGAGAGGUCGCGGGUUCGAUUCCUCAUGCGCGCUAUAUGUUUCCGGGGUAGAAUUUCAUGGGGAAUCUGAAAAUCCACGUGGAAUUGGCUGAAAAUGAGGAAGUUUUGCAAAUUUCUUCCUUUUGACCUCGUUUCUUAUCAUUUUUUUUUUUUGAUAAGAAGAAAGCGUUUGUUUUUAGUAAUUUUUUUUUUGGUCAAACCGUAGAGAAAAAUGUUUUCUGGCUCAAAAUUAUCCGAAUUUCCGAAAUCUUGGCUCAAAACUCAUGUUUUCUAGCUCAAAAAUCCCCGUUUUGACCAAUUUUUCUUAUCACAAAUGCACAUACAUAUUUAUUUAUAAUAUAAUAAUAAUAUAUUAAUAAUCAAUUUUCUGACGAUUUUGGUGUGUGUCACACAUCAGAUGAAAGACAAAACAAACACCAAAAAUGAGACGGGGAACGGUCUUUUUUUUCUUCUUCUCGCUUCUUUUUUUGCAUUUGUGUGUGUGUGUGUGAUGAAAAGCGACACAUUUACAUUUGCACAUAUAAAAAAUUAUAUAAUCACAUUUUUGUAAUUUUUUUUUUUGCAGUUUUUGCACAAUUUUUAGGUGAUUUUGACACGAAAUUUGGAAAUUUCGGCUGUUUUUGAGCCUGGGGCCUUUUUCUGUGAACUGGGGGUUUUUGGGGUGAUUUCGAGCAAAUUUUCGAAAUUUUGAGCAUUUUUUAACCCUGGAUACUUAUUUUCUAUUGGAAAUUUGAAUUUUCUAGGAAAAAAGGUACCCCCCCCCCCCAAAGGGGUCUCCAAAAUUUUUUUUUUUUUUGAAAAUAUUCGGGAAAAAGCUUCUGAAGCCUAAAUUUUGACGGAAUUUUCAGAAUUUUCAUCGGUUUUUAACCCUAGAGAACAAUUUUCCAGUAAAAAUUUGAAUUUUCUAGAAAAAAGUGACCCCCCUUAUUCUUUAAGCUAUUUUUGGUUUUUCCUGUGACCUAGCAGCUUCUGGGGUGAUUUCGACAGGAAAUUUGGAAAUUUUGGACUAUUUUGACCCCGGAAUCUUUUUUCCAGUGAAAAAUUGAAUUUUCUAGGAAAAAGGUGACCCCCCCCCCCCAGAAUUGGGUCUCCAAAAUUUUUUUCCGAAUUUUCUGAGAAAAAAAAUGCUCUGAAGCCCAAUUUUUCGUGAUUUUGAGCAUUUUUAACCCUAGAAAGUGAAAAUUUGAGUUUUUCAAAAAAAAAUUCUAAAUUUUCUUGUCCUCGAGAACUACACGAAAACUUUAUGAAUAACUUGAAAAUUGUGCACUUUUCUAUAAUUUUUUCCUGAUUUUUAAUGCCACGUGUCAAAAAUUCCUCUAAUUUUUGUGUCAGAAAAUCAAAAAAAAAAUCCAAAAAUAACUCGGAAGUUUUUUUUUUCAAUUUCCUAAUUACCAAUAUCCCCUUUUCUAUAAAUUUUUAAUACUUUUUUUAUUUUUUGUGCUUUUUUUUGGCCGAGACAAAGAAAAUCAAUUUUUAUGUGGGAAUUUUGAUUGAAAUGGCCAUUUUCGAAUAAAAAUUUUGAUUGUUGUGAAAAAUUUUGACAAAUUUUGACAAAUUUUUCACAUUUUUUAUUAUUUGAAAUAAAUACACCCACCUUUUGUUAAUCGAAAAUUGUGAAAAACUAUAGUCUAGUUUGGCUUGAAAAUUCUCAAAUAAAACGUUUGGAUCUGAAUUUCAGAUCUCGCCACGUGGAUUUUCAGAUUCCUCGUGAAAUUUUACGCCGGAAACAUAUAGCGCAUGAGGAAUCGAACCCGCGAUCUUUAAUGGCUCAGUCGGUUAGAGAUGAAAUUAGCGAUCUAGAGGUGGCGAGUUCGAUCCCCCUAGUGAACAAAAAGUUUUAUUUUUUUAUUUUCCCGGGCUAGAAUUUCACGGGGAAUCUGAAAAAUGAUAUGUCUCAAUUUUCCAGAUAAAUUUUCGAUUUUCAGCCAAUACCACGUGGAUUUUCAGAUUCCUCGUGAAAUUCUACCCAGGAAAACUAUUUUCAAAUUCAAAUAAAAAUGUCGCAGGCGCCAGGAAUCGAACCCACGACUUUUUACCUAUGGCUCAGCUGGGUAAAGGUCAAAUUAGCAAGUUAGAGGUGGCGGGUUCGAGCCCCCUAGUGAAAAAUCACCAGAUUUUUUGAUGGUAUGCUUUUUCUGGGCUAGAAUUUCACGGCGAAUCUGAAAAUCGACAUGAAAUUGAGUGAAAAUGAGGUUUUUUGAAAUUCUGAUGACCUCAUGACCCUUUAAAUCAAAUUUAUACGAAAUUUCCAUAACCAAAAGCAUAUUAUAAUAUAUUAUUAUUAUUAUAUUUGAUUUUCUUUUGUAUGUAUUUAUAUAUAUAUUUGUGCCCCCCUCGCUGCUUUUUUCACCCCCCUCUAUCAACAAAAAAUCACAGGGGGACACACACUGCGAUUGUAUUCAUAGCUGUCAAAAUUUUUCGUCCUCGCACAGCCUCCUGACCAAAUAAAAUCCAAUAUCUAUAUUUGACACGUGUCAUUUUCGACUACUGUACAUUAUGGAGAAUUUUUAUGUGUGUGUAGUUCUUUUGGACAAGCCCGCCCACAUUUUUUCUCUUGUGGUUUGAUUCGAUUUUUUUAUAGCAUCAUCAUCAACAUUUUGCGAGAAAAAUGCAUAAUAAUAAUAAUGCAUUCGCUUUUUCUCCCCCUUGCCUUUUUUGUAUUUAUUUUGUAUGGGAACCCCUGGCCACGUAGGCAUAGAAUUAUUGAUUUUCUUGCAUUUUCUGGGGCUUCUCUGGAUUUUCAUGAAUUCUUAUAGCGAUUUUCGAACUCCUCGUGGAAUUUUAGCCCGGAAAAGUAUAAAAAUUAAGCAUAGUUCACUAGCGGGAUCGAACCCACCACCUCAAGAUUGCUGAGUGGACCUCUAACCGGCUGAGCCAUGGGUAAAGGCUUGCGGGUUCGAUUCCUGGCGCCUGCAACGUAGUUUUUAAAUUUUUAAAUUUUGAAAAUACUUUUCCGGGGUAGAAUUUUACGGGGAAUCUGAAAAUCCACGUGUCAACAUCUGAAAAUCACAUUUUUUGCAGGAUCCUCAACGGAAGCGAUGGAAUUUGUGAGCACAAAUGCGGUCAACGUCCGGAUGCGUGGAUUACCGUAUGAUUGUACAGAGCAGCAAAUUGUGAGUGGUUUUUCAGCGAAAUUAUUGAUUUCCAGCGUUUGCCACGUGGAUUUUCAGAUUCCCCAUGAAAUUCUACUCCGGAAAAGUAUUAAAAACUUUGCCGGUACGUGGAAUUGAACCCGCAAUCUUUAACUUGGUGAAAAUGUGGCUCAACUGGUUAGAGAUCAAUUUACCAAUCUAGAGGUGGCGGGUUCGAUCCCGCUAGUGAAAAUUUUUUAAUUUUUAGACUUUUCCGGACUAAAAUUUUACGGGGAAUCUGAAAAUCCACGUGGCAACUGCUGAAAAUCGCAUUUUAACCCGGAUUUUUGCAGAAAACAUUUUUCGAGCCGCUCAAAGUGCUCGACAAAAUUCUGUUCAUCUCGAGAAGCGACGGUCGACCCACUGGCGACGCUUUUGUGCAAUUCGAAACGGAAGAAGAUGCUCAAAAUGCUCUUUUGAAACAUCGUCAAACUAUUGGCCAAAGAUAUAUUGAGCUGUUCAAGUCUACAGCUGCUGAGGUGAGCAUUUUUGAAUUUUCGGCGAAAUUUGGAGUAUUUUGAUGCCACGUGGCAUGAGAUUUAUUGAUUUUUGCAAUUUUUAGUGAAAAUUGCCACGUGGCACAGGAUUUAUUGAUUUUUUUUUGAAAAAUUUUCACAUUUUUGAGAAAAAAUGCGACGUGGCACACGAUUUAUUGAUUAUUUUUGAAAUUUUCAGAGAAAAUUGCCACGUGGCACAAGAUUUAUUGAUUUUUUCUGAUUAUUUCAAAUUUUGAAAAAUAAUUUCACGUGGCAGUAAAAUUAUUGAUUUUUUCACAAAUUUCUAAAUUUUUUAUUGAAUUUCCCAAGUGGACAAAGAUUUAUUGAUUUUUUUUCAAUUUUUGAGGAAAAAUGCCACGUGGCAUAAGAUUUAUUGAUUUUUCAGAAAGUUUUUGAUUUUUGAAAAAUAUUCCAAUUUUAUUCUAAAAAAAUUUUACUACAAAUUUUCAUUUUUUUUCCUGGUCAAAAAAAUUAAUUUCGCAGUUUUUGUGCGUGUCAAAAAAAAUUCGAAAUUUUUUCUCAAAAAAAAAUUAAUUUACUUUUUUUCACGUGACCUUUGAGGGGUCAUCAUCACACAUUUUUCAUUUUUCGAAAAAUUUCAUUUUUUUUUCGGGUAGCUUUUUUGAAAAAUGCUGAAAAAAUCACAUUUUCAGCCAAAAAAUCGAUAUUUUUGCAGGUUCAACAAGUCGUGAAACGUUGCAAUCAAAUCAAUAAUCAACAACAAAUGUCGCCGAAUCAAGAAAUCGCGAAUCAAGUCGCAGCCGCCGCGAAUUUGUCGCCACAAAAUUCGCAACACUCGCAAGAUCAACAGGAAAAACGCAAGGAUUGCAUUCGGCUACGUGGAUUACCGUAUGAGGCGCAAGUUCAACACAUUGUGACAUUUUUGGGCGAAUUCGCCAAAAUGGUCAAAUUCCAGGGUGUUCACAUGAUUUUCAAUAAUCAGGGACAUCCCAGCGGCGAAGCUUUCAUACAGAUGGCGAAUGACGCGGCGGCAGCCGCGACGUCGCUUGCGACACACAACAAAUUUAUGGUGAUUGGAAAGAAGCAGCGCUAUAUUGAGGUUGGUUUUGGGCACAUUUUGACACCAAACACGCCUUUCCAGCAAUUUUCAGCACCUGCCACGUGGAUUUUCAGAUUCCCCGUGAAAUUCUACCCCGGAAAAGUUUUUUCAGAAUCGAAAAAUGUUGUCGUAGGCGCGAGAAAUUGAACCCGCAAACUUUCACACAUGGCUCAGCCGGUUAGAGAUCAAUUUAGCAGUCUAGAGGUGGCGGGUUCAAUCCCGCAGGUGAACAGUGACCGAAAUUUUUGAAAUUCAUACUUUUCCGGGCUAGAAUUUCACGGGGAUGCUGGAAAUCCACAUGGGAAGCGCUGAAAACGUUUCGUUCGAAAGUUUUCAGAUGAUUUUCGAUUUUCAGCUUUUGCCACGUGGAUUUUCAGAUUCCCCGUGAAAUUCUACCCGGGAAACGUAUAAAAAAAUUUGCUGGUGAGAGAAAAUGAAUCCACCAUUUUUCACCUAUGGCUCAGCUGGUUAAAGGUCAAAUUAGCGGUCCAGAGGUGGCGGGUUCGAUCCCGCUAGUGAACAUUUUUUAUAUUUUAUAUGUUUCCGGGCUAGAAUUUCACGGGGAUUCUGAAAAUCGACGUGGGAAACGCUGAAAAUGGCUGGAAAGCUAGAAAAAACGCGAUUUUUGCAGGUUUUCCAAUGCUCGGCCGAGGAUUUGAACUUGCAACACCUCGUAAAACCAGUGCAACAAGUUGCGCCAACUUUUGCACCACAACUCUCCACCCAAGCUCCACAUCAUCCACACCAACAAUAUUGGACCGGCUACCCGUCGCCACCAAUUUCACCAAUUAUCCCCGGACAAUUGACACAACUUGUUGUGUACGGAAUUACGAUAAAUGUCGGAAUUCCGGAGCUUGUGGCACAAUUCUCGUCACCCGAAGUACAAGUGGAAAAUGUGAGGAAAAUUUGCGAUUUUUUGAGACCAAACAUGACUAGGGAAAUUUUAUGAUGUUCUCUGACCUCAAAAUGACAAUUUUUGAACCCGAAAAUCAUCUUUUCGUGAUUUUCUCGAAAAUGAUGAUUUUUUGUGAACUGUGAUUUUUGAUAAGAAAAAAUCAAGAAUUUCCAGGGGUCCAAAAAUUUUUGAAACAAAUAUUGGAUUUUUUCCCAGCGAUUUUCAGCCAUUGCCAUGUGGAUUUUCAGAUUCCCCUCGUAAUUCUACCCCGGAAAAGUUGUUUCAAAAAAGAAAAAGAUUUUUCGCAGGCGUUGGGAGUCGAACCCGCGACCUCUGACCUGUGGCUCAGCUGGUUAGAGCUCAAUUUAGCAAUCUACAGGUGGCAGGUUCGAUCCCGCUAGUGAAUAUUUUUUGUUUCAUAUACUUUUCCGGGCUAGAAUUUCACGGGGAAUCUGAAAAUUCACGUGGCAAGGGCUGAAAAUCACUCGGAAGCGAGGGAAACAUGAUUUUUUAUAAUUUUUAACGUCAAAAUCAAUCAAAUUUCUCUUGCAGGUACUCUUCACCCGUUGGCCAACACCUGUCUGUCCCGGCGAAGCCGUCAUCACAAUUCGCUCGCGCCAAGCUCAAAUUCCCGCACCCGCUCCCCAAUUCUACGCCCCGCCCACAUUCCCACACCCACAUUCACAACAAUUCCCCCACCAAGCACCAAUCAUUCUUGAACAGUGA